AUGGGUCUCGUUGCAAGCAACCUCUUCAACUGGCUCAAGGGCGACAUGCAUGCCCGAGUAGUCAUGGUGGGCUUGGAUGCAGCUGGCAAGACAACAAUUCUCUACAAGCUCAAACUGGGCGAAGUCAUUACGACCAUUCCCACCAUUGGCUUUAAUGUCGAGGAAGUGCAAUACAAGGGCUUGUCCAUGAACGUCUGGGACGUGGGAGGCCAGUCAAAGAUCCGGCCACUCUGGCGCCACUAUUACAACAAUGUUGAUGCCGUCAUCUACGUCGUGGAUUCGGCUGAUGCAGAGCGUGUGGAGGAAGCCCGUGAGGAGCUGCAUGACAUGCUGAAAGACCCGGCACUGCGUAACACCUGCCUGUUGGUGUAUGCCAACAAACAAGAUGCUGCCGGUGCGCAAGCAACCGCGGCUCUAGCGGAGCGGCUGCAACUGCAUGGCCUUGGAAGCCGACAGUGGUAUAUUCAGCCAACCUGUGCCCUCAAAGCUGAUGGGCUCUAUGAAGGGCUCGACUGGCUCUCACGUACCCUGCGGACCCGCAAGUAAAGCAGACAUUCAAUGCCACCUGCUUUGGCCGUCCCUUUUCGUGUCUUUUUUUUUUUUCUUUGUUUUGUUUUGUUCGCAUCAUUGUUUUCGAAAGCCGAUGCAAUUGGCCGUGCCAUGCAUCGACUUUCAUGUCUGCUAUGUAACCUCUUACUUGCUUUGUGUGGGUGAACGACGUCUCAAUCGUAUUUGCAAGCUUG